CCGAGCGGGAGCGGCGCCGCCAUUUUGGCGCUGGGCAGCGGCGGCGGUGGCGGCGCCCGGGAAGGUGCUGGCACCAUGGAGUACGAGCGCAGGGGCGGCCGCGGGGACCGCACGGGGCGUUACGGGGGCGCCCCGGCCCCCUCCGAGGACGGCUCCCGCGCCCAGCGGGACCACGACUAUCGCGACAUGGACUACCGUGGCUACGGGGGACCCCCCGAGGGGCCGCCCGCCGCCGGGACCCCCCCCCAGGCGUCCUACGAGACCACGGAGCCGCCGCGGAAGCGGGAGCCGGCGCGGGAGCCUCCCCGGGAGCCGCCGGCGCUGCCGUUCGGCGCCGACGGCGAUUACCGGGACCAGGAUUACCGGGAGGGCGCCGAGGAGGAGCCGCGGGCCAGCACCAUCGUCAUGCUGCGCAUGCUGCCGCAGGCGGCCACCGAGAACGACAUCCGGGCACAGCUGCAGGCGCAGGGGGUGCAGCCCCGUGAGGUGCGGCUGAUGCGCAACAAAUCCUCAGUGAGCAGGGCUCUCACCAUCGCCCUCCCUCCCCUGUGCCAGGCGUCCUACGAGACCACGGAGCCGCCGCGGAAGCGGGAGCCGGCGCGGGAGCCUCCCCGGGAGCCGCCGGCGCUGCCGUUCGGCGCCGACGGCGAUUACCGGGACCAGGAUUACCGGGAGGGCGCCGAGGAGGAGCCGCGGGCCAGCACCAUCGUCAUGCUGCGCAUGCUGCCGCAGGCGGCCACCGAGAACGACAUCCGGGCGCAGCUGCAGGCGCAGGGGGUGCAGCCCCGUGAGGUGCGGCUGAUGCGCAACAAAUCCUCAGGUCAGAGCCGCGGAUUCGCCUUCGUGGAAUUCCAUCACGUGCAGGAGGCGGCCAGGUGGAUGGAGGCCAACCAGUGCGGGGUGCAGAACUUCAAGCGCCGGGAGAAAUGUUUCAAGUGUGGCGUCCCCAAAGCCGGGACUGGGAGCCCCUGGAGCCCGGUGCCCCGGCCACGCCCCGCUGCCGUGCCCCCGCAGGAAGCGGCGCAGCUGCUGCAGAUGCUGCAGGCGCUGCACCCGCCGCUGCACAUCGACGGCAAGAGCAUCAACGUGGAGUUCGCCAAGGGCUCCAAGAGAAUGUACGUUUUUACGUUGCACGCGGCGCCUGGUGCGGAGGCGCCCUGGGCCGGGGGGGAGGAGCCCGGCGCCGACUUCAGCGGCUUCUACCAAUCAGAGGAGCCGUUCCCCGGGGCCGGCCCCGCCCCCUACGGCCCCGCCCACCUGCGGGGCGCCGCGGCCACGCCCCCCGGCCCGCCCGGCCCCGCCCCCGCCAAGCCCGACGGCCCCGCCCCCGCCGUGCCUGACGUCUCCACGUACCAGUACGACGAGACCUCGGGGUACUACUACGACCCCCUCACGGGGCUCUACUACGACCCCCACUCCCAGGUUUGGGGUUUUGGGGUGCUGGGGGGAGGAAUUCGGGGUCCCCCAAAAAAUUUGGGGUGGGUGCCCGUGGGGGUCCGUGGGCAUCCCGGGGCGCCCCCAGCCCGUGCCCGCCGUGCCCCCCAGAUUGCCAAGGACAUGGAGCCCCCCCCCCGCAGCCUCAACAAGCAGCGCGAGAGCGGGCGCAGCGCCGGGCCCCCCCCGGCCCCCCGCGAGGACGAGCGCCGCGAGGCGGCGGCGAGCCCCCCCCGGGGCUUGGUGGCCGCCUACAGCGGGGAGAGCGAGAGUGAGGAGGAGGGGGAGCGCGGGGGCGCCCCGGGGGUCCCCGAGGAGCCGCUGACCGACUGGGCCAAGCUGGCGUGCCUGCUGUGCCGGCGGCAGUUCCCCAGCCGGGAGGCCCUGCUGCGCCACCAGCAGCUCUCGGGGCUGCACAAGCAAAACCUGGAGCUGCAGCGCCGGAGCCACCUGGGCCCCACCGAGGGAGGAGAGCGAGGGGACAGCGAGGAGAAUGAAGAGGGCGGGGCCUGCACGGAGCCGCUGGGCGAGGAGCAGCUCCCAUUGGCCGAUUGCUGCCUAAACCCCACCUACGGCUACAGGCUCCGCCCACACGGCCACUGCCGCAGCUGCCGGUCAGACACGCCCCUUGCCACGCCCCUUGCCACGCCCACUCAAGCCACGCCCACCCACACACCACACCCGUGA